AGGCAGUGGGCAGAUCUGCUGGGUAAUGGUGGCCGGAGCCCCAGCUAGGAUGGGCUUUCUCUGGGGCCUGGCUCUGCCCCUUUUCUUCUUCUGCUGGGUAGCUGGGGCUCCUAGGAGCUCUGCAGGCCCCAGCACCAGUGAACCAGGCCACACGGAAGUGCCUGCUGUGACUCCAGGGGUCAAGACGAGCUCAGAGGGAAUCUUCCAGACCACUGACCUCACUGAGACCUCUAUGUCAAACCAUAUCUCUUUGGAAACUCAAACCCUAAGCACCCAGACCUCUGGUACGACCUUCCUCCCAGGCAGCACCAUUUCAGUAGCAGAGAACAGGGAAAACAAGACCAUGGCCCUCAUAAAAACAAUGCCUUCCAAGUCCUCGGCUGUGAUCACCACUCCUAUGGAGACAUCAGCCACAAGCGGCAGCCCCACGGGACGUGGAAUGACCACAGUUGAGACCGUCACAGGCACUGAGCUCUCGAAAGCCGCCUUUGACACCCUUUGCAAUUUCGACAGCUCUGAAGAGGCAAAGAGAAUCAUGGUAGACUUCUUGAAAUUAGCUCACACCUCUACAGAAGCCGAGGCCUUGUCCUCGGAGAGCAGCGCUUCCUCUGACAGCUCAGUUCCAGCCAUCAUCGCCUCACAAGCCCUGUCACCUGACAUCGCUGCUCUGGCUAAAGCCUUGGUUACCUACAACAUCAGCAACAUCAAGGUGAUCGACUGCAGUGUUACAGAAAUAGAAGCAACUGCCAGCACCCCUGGGACCUCAGACACAGAUCGCAGCCCCACGAGAGGAAAGGCCCUGUCUACCCCCGAGACAUCCACUUUGCCUGACUCCACUGAAGCAAAAUCACACCUCGCCAGGACCACAGCCUCUGCUGAGACCUUGUCAGCAGCGAGCCCCACAGAAUCAGCCACACCUGACAUCACACUCACCAUCAGUAGCAGCACAGAAAUGGAAACGACAGCCGCCAGGGCCACGGCCCCCAGUGGAACCUUGGUGACAGUUAGCGUGAACCUGUUGGAAGAAAACUCAUCCCUCUCUGUUGAGACAACAAGCCACACCGAGGUCUCAGGAGCAGUGACAAUCUCCACAGGGACUGUGUCAACAGUAGGCGAGGUGACUUCCCCUGCUGGGUUCUCAGCUACGGUCUACAGCCUGUCUGAAGUGACUACCAUCAUGAGCUCCACCCCCUCAGAGACUUCUACCACUGACAUCACAUUCAGUGCGCCCGCCCCCAACAGCAGGAGCCCUCUUCCUUCUGUCCAUCCGGCUACGGCCAACAGCAGUCAAGAAACAAACAUCACCUUGGCCAAGACCACAGCCUCAACAAAGACCUUGAAGAUAGCCAGCACAGCUGGAGGGAAGCCCUCAACAGCCACGCCCACCAGUGCUCAGACAAGUCUGACAGAUGUUACUGCAGGUGAGGAUGGAGGUUUCCUUCUCCUGAGGCUGAGCGUGGCCUCCUCAGAAGACCUCACUGCCCCCAGAAUGGCAGAGAGGUUGAUGGAGCAGCUCUGCUCCCUUCAUUCCUCAGAGUCUCUUCAUAUGUAAGGAAAGGUGGCUGUGACAGCCCUAGAUUCACAAGGCACUUACCUCUCCCAAGAUCUGCAUAUCGUACUAGGGAAGGAUGGAUCUCAUUGACCUGGAAGGGCCACCAUGACUGACAGCCCAACCUGAACCACAUGGAAUGGGAAGGAAAGGCUCUAAAGGAGAUAGGGAUAUUAGACAGAAAACAAAAAACAAACAAAAAAAACACCAUAGAUAUACGCUCUAGAUGGGGACCCAGAUUAUAUUUGUAGAAGUUGGGAAAAUUCUAAAACCCGGAUCCCUGGACAAAGCUUCUAGUGGUGGAAUUCUAGGGUUAGGGUUUUGGGGGAUGGUGUGAGUCAUUGGAAGGCUAGAAUGAGUCAGCUCAGCCUAACUCUUGUGUCCCCAUCUUGCUUCCAGGGGAUGACGGGAAGAGGGAAUAUUUGGGCCCUAGAAGUUCUCUUAGUGGAAGGGGGGCCUAUCAGGACUCCCAUAAUAAGGAGGUCCCUGAACAUGGCAUGGGGCUUUGAAGUGGGAGAGCCAAAUAAGUGACAAAUUCCCACUGCACAUGAUAAUCCAAGUAGCAAGUGUGAAUCCUGGUUGAAGAAGGAAGCCAAGGAUAUGUCAGAUCUGAGCCCCUCAAACUGGAAACUAUUUCAGGGGUCAGAAAGAAGCCAGGGAGAUAGGAGCAGAUCAGGAGCAGAGGUGCAGGAACCAGGCCAUGCAGGUGUUGGGUGUCAGUUCUUGUUGGGAGCUGGCCACUGGCGAAAGGCUCAGGGGUCAGACAAACAACAAGCGUUGGCGCCACGUAGACCUGAGUGUGAAUUCCAGUUCCUAACUGUGUGACCUUCGGUGAGGUACUCCAUAUUACUUUCCUUCCUUGUAAAAUGAGGCUGGUACUACCUGCUUUCUAAGGUUACUGUGAGGUUUAAAUGGCAUGAAGGACCUAGCCUAUACCCAGCCUGCAAGAGGUUCAGAAAGUGCUGCUGGCCUCCUAAUAUGUUCCCUUUUGCCCACCAGCUCGACCGUAAACUGCAUAUGUUUAUGUCUCCCAUCCAAGUCUCCCUGCUGCGUGUCAGGAGGGGCUGAAGAACAUCAGCUGUGAUCAGGCACUGCCAC